GCAAUCUGACAGACCAAUUUGAAGUUUAUAAAAAUCUUGUCACACUAGAUUUUAGUGGAAACAAAAUUGGUGGAGAACUUCCAGUAUCGCUUGGAAAACUUUCAUCACUGAGAAAUCUUUAUUUGUCCAAUAAUCAACUCAGUGGAAAUCCAUUUGAGAGUCUUAGAUCACUUUCUAAAUUGUCAUAUCUUCAUAUUGGUUAUAAUCGUUUCGAAGGAGUUGUAAUGGAAAAUUACCUCACAAAUCUUAUGAGUUUGAUUGAGCUUUCUGCAUCAGAAAACAAUUUGACUUUAAAAGUGGGUCCCAAUUGGCAUCCUACUUUCCAACUUACUUAUUUGGAUAUGAGUUAUUGGGAAUUAGGUCCUAACUUUCCUUCAUGGAUUCAAUCACAAGACAAACUUGAUUAUUUAGCGAUGUCUAAGACGGGGAUUUUAGAUUCUAUUCCGUAUUGGUUUUGGGAAACAUUUUCGCAGGCUUCUUUUCUAAAUCUCUCUUAUAAUCAUAUCCAUGGUGAGCUUGGGACUACAUUAAAGAAUCCAAUAUCUAUCCCCAUUGUUGAUCUCAGUGCAAAUAACUUACGAGGCAAAUUUCCUUUACUUUCAAAUCGUGUGCUUUUUUUGGACCUUUCAAGCAAUUCAUUUUCCAAACCAGUGGAUGAUUUUCUAUGCAAAAAUCAUAAGAAUCCAAUGAAUUUAGGAUUUCUCUAUCUUGCAUCAAAUAACUUGUAUGGAGAAAUACCUGAUUGUUGGGGAAUUUGGCCAUAUCUAGUGGACAUGAAUUUACAAAACAAUAAUUUUGUUGGGAACAUUCCCCAAUCCAUGGGUUCAUUGACGGAGCUCGAAUCAUUACGCAUUCAUAAAAACUUGCUCUCGGGAAGAUUUCCAACAAUUUUGAAGAAGACUAAACAAUUGAAAUUAUUAGAUAUUGGAGAAAAUAAUUUUUCAGGAACAAUUCCAAUUUGGGUUGGAGAAAGUUUUUUAGAUAUGAAGGUUCUUAUCCUUCGAUCAAAUAGAUUCUCAGGUUAUAUUCCUAAAAAAAUAUGUGAUAUGAGUCUUCUUCAGGUGUUAGACCUUGCACAAAACAAUUUGACUGGACAUAUACCUACUUGUUUUAAUAGCUUGAAGGCCAUGACCAUGACAAACAAAAUCAGCGUUCUUCUUUGGUUGAAAGGAAGAGGAGAUGAAUAUAAAAACAUUCUCGGAUUGGUAACCAGCAGCAUUGAUUUGUCAAAUAACAAAUUAGUUGGAGAAAUACCGAUAGUGAUCACAGAUUUAAAUGGUUUGUUAUUUUUGAACUUGUCUCACAACCAAUUUAUUGGUCACAUUCCACAAAACAUUGGUAAUAUGGGAUCAUUGUUGUCCAUUGAUCUCUCAAGGAAUAAACUUUCUGGUGAAAUCCCUCCAACCAUUUCAAGUUUGAGCUUUCUAAGCAUACUAGAUUUGUCUUAUAAUAAUUUGAAUGGAAAAAUUCCAACAGGAACUCAGUUGCAAACCUUUGAUGCCUCCAACUUUAUUGGCAACAAUCUCUGCGGCCCACCACUACCCAUCAAUUGCAGCUUCAAUGACAAAAUUCUUAGUUAUGAUCGCAAUGACAAAGGGAGUGAUAGGCAUGGAGUGAACUUAUUUUUUGUGGGUAUGACAUUUGGAUUUGUGGUGGGAUUUUGGAUAGUAGUUGGUCCUUUGGUCAUUUUUAGAUCAUGGCGUUAUGCCUAUUUUCAUUUCCUUGAUCAUGUGUGGUUCAAACUUCAAUACUUUUUUUAAUGUCAGUACAAUAUCUAAUGUGGUGAAAAAUAAAAUCAUUA